CCAGAGCCGAGUGCGAAGCAGAGCAAAACGCACGAGUACCCAUACGCCCUGUGUCUGAGAAUUGUCUCUGAGAAAUCCAGACGAAGGAAUCGCAGCUUGACCUCCAGUUUGGUGAGGGACGCAGGCGCAACGUCCUUGCCCAGCCAAGAGAGGUACUUGCCUCACGUACUGCGUAGAGACUUGGGUACGUAUCUGCAGUUGGUCUGUUGCACCUGCCUACCUGAAGUGCCUUAGGUACAGUACGUGAGUACAGUACGUGAGUACAGUAAGUGAGGUGUACAAAGGUACCUUACGCAGAAGAGCUCCUUCUCACCUUAUCCACGUCCCCCAACCCCGCACCAGGUGGACACCAGAGGAAGGUAAGCUCCCUGCCCCAGCCCACCUCGAGGCAAGUGCCAACCAACCCCAAUGGCCCCAAAUGCAACUUGCAAGCCGCAGCGUUGCAAAAAAACGAAAAAAGAUGCGAGGACAAAAAAGCACUGACCACCACCCCCAAAAGGACCACCCAGCUGUCCCAAAGGUCCCAGAGGUCCCAGACUCCCAGCACCCAGCGUGGACCGACAAAAACCACCCACGCCCCGCCCGUGGUGGCUGUAAACCCGUCUUUUUCCCCUCCAUAAACCCGUUGCAAACCGACCUGACCGAUUCUAUCCAUCAAAGAAACGUCGACCGAGUAGAGCCAUCCAUCACCCUACGAUUGCAGCGAGACUGCCCCCCUUCGCCGGCCCAUCAUGGCCCAAUACCACAACACGGCUGCAUCCAACCUGAGCCCGACGACCUCCGGCAAUCCCUCCACUGCUACCGCGACUGCAAACGCUGCCGCCGCCGCCGCCGCUGGCCAGGCUUCCGCCCCCCAGCACAAACGCGUUUAUCAAGCCUGCAUCCCGUGCCGUCGGAGAAAGGUCCGUUGCGAUCUGGGCAGCGUCGAUAAUCCCCACGAUCCCCCCUGCGUACGAUGCCGUCGCGAGAGCAAAGAAUGUUACUUCAGCGCAACAAGGAGGAAGCGCAAGGCCGAGGACGGCGAGGAUCCCGAGCCCGAGGAUGUCGACGACUACACAAUCCGCAAUGGCCGUAAGCGCGUUCACGUCAGCGGCAGCCCGCCCGUCGCCAUCGACAAACGCCUCUACAGCGAGGUGCCCUUGACUCCAGGAGGCUCCAUGGGCAGGACCCAACCUCUGCGCCGCCCUACAGAUGGUGGUACCCCGAGCACCACGAGCCAGGCCGACAGCCGUCAGCGGAGCGACUACGUCGUCGACGAUGAGCCCAACGCCCAGCUCGAGAACCGCGAGGCCCAGGACCUCAUGCGACCUGGUGUCUACGGACCCCACGAUGCUUUGGAUCUGCUGUACAAGGCGGCUACGGAUAGGUCAGUCCAGCUCAGCCAUACCCAAGACGCGGCUGCUUACCACCCCCCGGCUCACAGCCCUGUGACCAACAACCACAAGCGUCACGAAAGCGUCGCUUCCAUACCCGCCAUACCACAGCAGCCCGUCAUCGUCACGCCCGGCGCGACCAUGAAGCCCGUGGGCAAUGGCAAUAUACGGCCCUCGGUUCCCGUCGCUCUUGAGCCGCAACCCAUUGACCCGGCUCUGACGAGACGUGAUCUCUCCGGUGAGCCCGGCUACCAAGACGCCAUCAAGGCCUGGGGGAGGUUUAGGUUUGUCAGAGCCGGCUGGUUUUCCGCACAGGAGGCCAUUGACUACAUUGACUACUACUACGAAUACCUGUCACCACUUACACCAAUCUCUCCACCGACCUUCCGCAAUCCUGCAUCUCACAUCACCUUGCUCACGGAAGAGCCCAUCCUCACCAUCACACUGCUCACCAUUUCCUCGAGGUAUCGCAAGAUUCCCGGCACAGGUGGCCAAUGUCGGUCCAACGCCAUCCAUGAGCAGCUCUGGACAUAUCUCCGGGGCAUGAUUGAGAGGUGCCUGUGGGGUCAAGAGGCAUUCGGGGGUGGGGUCGCAGCUAUGGCCGGUGCCUCAUCUGUUCCUGACGAUCAAACAAGCAGCACAGCGCCCUGGCGUGGAAUGCGAAAAGGCAGUCUGCGAACCCUGGGGACCAUUGAGUCACUGAUGAUUCUCACAGAGUGGCACCCAAGAGCCCUCCAUUUCCCGCCAGCUGAGGCCAUUGACGAGCUCAUGCUUCCGUCAUACGAAGGCAGUGAUCUGAUCAGCACAGACGAGCACGGCAAUCAGCGACCAUCCGCUAAUAUCGGCGGGAAGAGACUCGACAGCUGGCUCGAACCAGCCUGGAGAAGUGACAGAAUGUGCUGGAUGCUUCUCAGCACCGCCAUGGGUCUCGCAUACGAGCUUGGUGUGUUUGACGACAUCGAUGAACUGCUGCGCGACGGUGCCAUCUCCCGCCCCGAGUACGAGGAAGAGGUGUACCGUCAACGGGCGUACCGCAUCAAGCGCCUUCUGUUGAUCUAUCUGUCCCAGCUCGCCGGUCGUCUUGGUUGGACAAGCAUGGUACCUGAGGCUUUGCGCAAAAGCGAUCCGGCGGUAACCCGUCGCCGCCCAACAUCCACAGAGGGCACAACACCUGGCACUAACCCGUCAUCCAUGUCAAAUGCCUUCAACUACAUCCCGGACCUGGAGCUCGAUGAUCAAAUAAUACAUUGCUGGGCUGGUAUAAGCAAUGCGAUGCACAUUGGCAACGAAAAGUUUUUCAAAUCUCGCAAGCACACCACCGAUAUCAUCCAGAGCGGGAAGUACACUGAGAUGCUCAAAGACUUCCAUCCGCUGCUCCAGGACUGGUGGAAAGAAUUUGAGCGCUUCAGGUUACCGCCUUAUAUCAGACACAUUCUGACCAUCGAGUAUGAGUAUGUACGUAUCUACGUCAACUCACUCUCUCUGCAAGCUGUCGUUGAACGGUGUACCAAUAACGCUGGUCACACGGCGCAUGCGGGACACGGCACCCAUGGCAACCAUAACGCCGGGAGCGCGGCACAACUGUCCCCCCAGACGCAAAACUACUUUGGUAAGCUGCCUCUGGGACAGCUGGGUGGCUUCGGCGCCAGUGAUCAGGAGUACAUCAAAGAGGUCAUCAGCGGCUGUCGCAACUUGCUUCGGACGGUUGUGGAAGGUCUCUUGCCGGGCGAUUAUCUCAAGCAUGCCCCCGUGCGGACAUACUUCCGCAUCAUCAGUGGUGCCAUGUUCCUGCUCAAGACCUUUGCUCUUGGUGCCCCACGAUCAGACGUCAAGCUCAGCAUUGACCUGAUGGACGAGACUGUCAAGGCACUCCGCAAUUGCAUUGUUGACGAUGUUCACCUGGGAAUUCGAUUUGCAGAUCUCCUCGACUCCCUGACAAGCCGGCUCCGCAACCGUUUCAUUCAGGCUCCUGCUUUAGGACUCGGGUCUGCGGAUGGAAGGAGCCCGGAUCCCCACGGGGUUACCAACGGCACCGCUGCCAACGGCCAAUCGAUCGGCGGUCCCGAUGGUCAAUCAUGGGCGAACCACGCCUCAAAGUUACGUGACGGGCUCAACGCGCAUGAUGACCCUGCCAACAUUUCCGCUACACCCUUCGACCUCAGCACUGGGACCUUUCCCUAUCCCUCAGGCUCGGCCUCAGUACUGGGCCCGUCCACGCCGGCACCAGCGCCCGAGAACGGCGGAGCCACAAACACGACCAACAACGCACCGUCAUCUACAACGGGAGGCAUGGAAGGCCUCUUCGACUCGACUGACUGGAACAACCCAGGCAACGAGAUGUGGUACCUGCCGCCCGGGCCGGCAUUUUUCCAAAAUAUGGACAACACGGCUGUCGCCAUGACGGCCGAGGGUGUCAACGUCGGCGGUCUCGAUCUCCUCGAGUACAUGGCCAUGGACACCGGCUUUCCCGUUCUUGAUGGUCCUUCAUCGUUUCCCUGAACCAGGCAGGAGCAAAACGCAACGAAGAAGAAUUCAACAAAAAAGCACACUUUCAAAAAAACAAAAAGGUGGGGAUCUAAAGAAGACAAAACAAGAUAAAACGGCAUCCGCAAGGUGUGACUAUCAUUUAUACACAAAAUUGGGAGCAACGGGGCGCGGGAAAACUGCAAAAUGAGGGGAAACGGGCGACGAAACUGCCUCGAAAGAAAGAUAACGGACCGGCUGGCUAAUGUAGCGAUUAUAUUCUUGAUUUUCUCAUUUCUUACCAAUUACACACGACCCGACAAAGUGGUCAAGGUCACGCGGUUACGCAAGCAACACCCAUGAAAUUUAAAGGCAAAGGCUGUUCUCCGUUGCAUUGCACCUGGAUUACCUUUUCCAUCGAAAUCAGCACGGCUUAUGAGAAUAUGGUCUCAGAUAUACCCUUUUUUAUCAUACUUUGCCAUCUUCAACUCGGAUGCUCAUUUAGCAAGAUAGCCUCCGAUUUAUAGUGCGGG